AUGACAUCAGGUCCAACAUGUGUGGACCCUAACUGAAACCUAGGCUCCUCAUCACAACCAGCUUACAACAAAAAUCACCAUCAACAAACCACGAUGCUCUCACAUCUAGUGGCAGCUGGAGUGGUUCUCUUAACAUCCACUCUACUUUUCUACUUUCUCCUCCUCCGCGCCAUCGGCUCCAACCUCCGGCGGCGGAGCGCGGCUAAGAAGGCGACAAUCACUAGGAGCGCUUUUGGCGAAAGGAAGGCGACUGUCGUCGGCUUUUUUCAUCCCUAUUGUAAUGCUGGAGGCGGUGGGGAGAGGGUGUUAUGGGCCGCUAUUAGAGCUACACAGGAGAGGUGGGACGACGUGUUGUGUGUGGUGUAUACUGGAGAUCAAGAUGCCGACAAGGAGACGAUACUAUCCACAGUCAAGUCCAGGUUCGACAUUCACCUCGAUCACUCACGCGUUGUGUUCCUCUUCUUGUCAACUAGGCACUAUGUCUCCGCCACGACCUACCCUCACUUGACACUGCUUGGACAAUCCCUCGGUUCUUUGAUUCUCGCCUGGGACGCAUUCACGUUACUCGUCCCGGACAUAUUUAUCGACACGAUGGGCUACGCAUUUACUCUUCCCAUGGCGAAAUUAAUGUUUGGGAUACCGACGGGCGCAUACGUUCACUACCCCACCAUAUCUACGGACAUGUUGUCCAGUAUUUCCUCUUCUACCAGCACACGAGUCAGGGUUAAGCUUUUGUACUGGAAACUCUUUGCUAUGCUCUACGGUUCCUGCGGAAGGGGUAUCGACGUGAUCAUGUGCAAUUCCUCCUGGACAGCGGGACAUCUCCGCAGUCUGUGGUCGAACAAAGCAUCCACCAUCUCCGUCGUCUUUCCCCCUGUAGCAGUGGAGGCUCUCACGGAAGCAAUACCACUCGCUAAGGGUGUGAUGGGGAUGAAGAGGGAGAAUAUCAUCUUGUGCAUUGCGCAGUUCCGGCCAGAGAAGAAGCACGAUCUGAUAAUUGAUUCGUUUGCUCACUUCUUGCGAGAGAAUCCUACCCUAAACGACACGAAAUUGGUGCUAAUUGGAAGUGUGCGUCAUUCGGAGGAUAGGACUAGGGUUUACGAUCUGCGGCUACUUGCACAUGAGAAGGGUGUCAAGGAUAAGGUUGUGUUUGUUUGUGACGCGAGUUGGGGUGAUAUAUUACAAUGGUUGGAAAGGAGUUGGAUCGGUGUAAAUGCCAUGUGGAACGAGCACUUUGGUAUCGGGGUGGUAGAGUACCAAGCUGCUGGUCUUAUCAGCGUUGUGCACAACAGUGGGGGGCCAAAGAUGGAUAUCGUCAUUCCAGGCACAGGAUUUCAUGCGACGACGAAGGAGGAGUUUGCAGAUGGAUACAGGAAAGCCCUCGAACUGGAGGGUCAGGUGGUGGCCAAUGUUCGACAGGCAGCUCGUAGGAGUGCAGAAAGGUUCACAGAGAAGGUUUUUGCGGAGAAGUGGCUUGAAGCAAUGGCCAAGUUGCUCCAAUUGGAGCGGACUAGCUGA